GAACACAAAGUACUGCAAAUAAUCACACUUGUCAGCAAUUUCGCCCCCAAUUUCUCUCUCUUUUCCUCUCUCACUCUCUCUCUCUCUCUUCCAUAGCAUUAGCAUCAUAUGAUAAACUUCGUCUUCGUUCUUCAAAUCUGCAAUGGCUAGUGUUCGAUUCAAAUUCAGAAGUUCUGCUACUUUCGAUUCUGUUGAUAUUGGAGAACAAUCCUCAAUUUCAAUUCGCGAUCUCAAAUCAAAAAUCGUUUUGAAGAAACACCUUAAUCUCUGUCAAGAUUCCGACCUCGUUUUCUCUGAUUUUCUCUCUGGCCAAGAGUAUAAGGAUGAAAGCAUUAGAAUACCUAGUGGUUCGAGCGUAAUUAUUAAGCGAGUACCUGCGAAAUCCUCUCUUCUCAGGGAUUCUGAUACCUCACCAGGAUGCUUUGGUGUUAAGGAUGGCAAAUGUGUAGGUGACCUAGGUGUCAUUGAUCCCCCUUCUGUGGAUGUUGGAGUAAAUAACCUCAAUGAUUUUGGAAUUGACUUGUGUCCACCUCCUUGCACAAACUUAUCUGACACUGGAGAACUGCUAUUGAACAACAAUGGGAAGAAAGAUUACGUGGCUACAAGAUGCUCUCAGGAAGUAUUAGUGAAAUGCCAAAAGCUUGAGACAGCUCUCCCUGGUCAAUUGACUCCAAAAGGUUCUAGUGCAAAUGAGGGAAGUACCCUAGUUGUGCCUAAGCCCAAAAUUGAGGAACAAACAGAGUUGAAGAGAGCUCAUCAUGCAAAAUAUUUAGCCAUGGAGAGCUGUGAUAUGCCAUCAGAGUUGAAAUGUUCGCUUUGCAGAACCUUUUUUAAAGAGGCUGUCAUGAUACCAUGUUGUCAACAUAGCUUCUGUGGAAAAUGUAUUCGUGCAGCGUUGUCUGAGAAUGCAAAAUGUCCCAUGUGUUCUUCCACCAAGUGCAAACCUAAUGAUUUACUGCCAAAUGUAUCACUUACGCAAGCAAUUGAGCGCUUUCUUGAAUCUCAACUCUUAUUGAAUGGCUCAGAAGACGAGCUUCAUAGAUAUGCACCUGAUGGUGAAUCUGGAAUUCAAGUAAAGGAGAUUUCUUAUGCUGCAACUGUUCCACAAAAGCGUUUGCAAAUGAACCAACCUGUUACUGGGAAAUAUGCAAUCCAGAAAAAGUCAACUAAGCUACAUGAUUGUGCUCAUCCUGCUGAAACUCCUGGUACAUUAGAAGAUUUCAGCGAAUUCGAAGGGGAAAAUGAGCCGCAAAAUAUAGCUAAAACUAAUGAAGAAGUUCGUAACAUUGCUCUAUCUGGAAAAUAUUGUUUGUUGCCUGUAGUUUCUUGCUCCAAGAUAGGGGAGGGAGUGCAUGCCAUUACUGGAGGUGGAGAAAGGAAUUUCACAGAUCCUGGACGACCAAACAAGGGUCCACGGACAUGCUUUAUGUGUGGGUCUCCUGAUCAUUUGAUUAGAGACUGUCCGGGUGCUGUGGACCACAACACAAACCACUGGAAUGGUGUUGGUUCACGUUCACUUCCUGGGGCUGUAUCAGGCUAUCCACCAACAUAUUGGCAAGGAAAUCAACCUUAUCCCGGGCCCUAUAUUAACAUGUACGGAGGCCCUGGGAUGAUGUUCUAUAAUACCAACACAGCUCCCAUUUCACCGCUUGCAUUUCCUUCCUGCUCCCCAUCAAUGUAUGGUGGCUAUCCUGUUGUUAGUGGAUAUAUGAAUGUGGGAGGCAUAACACCACAAGUUGGAAAUUUUGGUCAGCAACCAAGACAUGUAGAUCAUCUGGAGCAUCAAGAUAGUGCAUAUUUGCAGAGGAAUUAUGAUGUAGAUUUGGAAAGAGAACGGAUCUUUGAUAGAGACCGCAAUGUGAAUACCCACCAUAAUUCAAUGGAAAGGGGCCUGUAUCACUCUGGCGAUGAGUUUCCCAAGAGUUCAGAAGGAAAGCAUAGAAAUCGUGACAAUUCAGAUGGUGAUAAAGCUUACUCAUAUCGUAAUAGACAAGGGAAAACUGCUCGUAAUGCGGAGGGUGUAAGAGAUCUUAGGAUAGCUCAAUCAGAUAUGUCUUCUUCAGAAAAAGAUGUUCCUGAUAGCAGGAUUCGGCCGAGGGAAGACAGGCAAGAAAAGCUCCAUAAAACUUAUAGAAGUAGUGAUGAGUUUGGAAAGCAGCAUGGCCGUGAAUCUGCUCUGAAACAUUAUCAACCAAAUGAAGAAAGCAGUAAAAGAAAAAGAGUGGAAUAUAAUGAGAGAAAAUCUGACCGACAUUCUCACAGUCGCUCUAGGUCUAGCUUGGAACACAGUUAUUCUGGUGAUGGCGCAAGGCACCGGCGUGAAGAGUCCAGUCAUAGAUCUCGGCACUCGAAUAGAGAUGAAAAAGUCAAUGGUAAGGAGAUGCAUAGUGACCGUGGGAAGAUUAAAUAUUCAGAUGAUUACGGGGAGGAUUGCCACAGGUAUAAACGGAAAAAAUUUCGUUAGGGCUGGCAACAAAUGUCUUUUGAGGUAAUAGUGUAUACAAAAGGAUCACAUAUUUCAACCUUGAUCAUCUUUUGAUUAGGUAAAUGUAUCAACAUGGUUUACCCUUUGGUUGUUUCUCAUGUUUUACCUUACAGUUGAAUUAACCGUGGACCACACAGAUUUGAACAUUCAUCUUACUGUUCA